GUUACUUCCGGGUGUCUUCAAUGAAGAAAUCCCUUUGCGUUGGAUGCUUUUUGUAUUUUCUAAGAAAAAGCUAGAGGCUAAGUGUCAAUAAAACGUGUAGAAAAUGAACAGAAUAUUCGGACGCGGGAAACCCAAAGCGCCUCCUCCGAACCUGUCGGACUGUAUUGGUAAUGUGGAUGCCAGGGCAGAGUCCAUAGAAAAGAAAAUUGGCAGACUAGAUGCUGAGCUUCUGAAGUACAAGGAUCAGCUGAAAAAGAUGAGAGAUGGGCCCUCAAAGAACAUGGUGAAACAGAAGGCGAUGAGAGUGCUGAAGCAGAAGAGAAUGUAUGAAGGCCAAAGGGAGCAGCUGGCUCAGCAGUCUUUUAACAUGGAGCAGGCAAACUACACAAUCCAGACACUAAAGGACACCAAAACAACAGUGGAGGCCAUGAAGAUUGGUGCAAAGGAAAUGAAGAAGGCUUACAAGGAUGUCAAGCUUGAUCAUAUUGAUGAUUUACAGGACCAACUGGAGGACAUGAUGGAAGAUGCCAACGAGGUGCAGGAGGCCCUGAGCCGCAGCUACGGCACUCCAGAGAUAGACGAGGAUGAUCUUGAAGCAGAGCUGGAUGCACUGGGUGAUGAGCUGCUGCUGGAUGAUGACAGCUCCUACCUGGACGAGGCCUCAGCCGCCCCGUCGAUCCCUGAGGGAAUCCCCAGUGACAGCAAGACGAAUAAGGACGGUGUUUUGGUGGAUGAGUUUGGCCUCCCACAGAUUCCAGCCACAUAAACACAAGGAAUGGAUGAACAACUGCACUUCACCAGAAAACACUUUUAUAUGUAGAGUAACAUUUGUACAUGCAAAAACCAUUUGACCUGAGAACACUACGAUUUUGAAGCUGUCCUGGUGUUGGGUUGUGUAUUGUUACUACUACUGUGCUAGCAUGUGGCCUUGUAACAUACUGAUCCCUUUUUUAAAAACAUAAUUCUUCUUUUGUCCCCUUCAGCCUCCUGUGUAACACUUGUCAGUCUUAUUCAUCACCAGUAUUACCUAGUAUUAAUUUAUUUUUGUCUGUUGCUAGUUUCGUUUUUUGUUUAGACAUUAAAAUUUUGUUUGAGUUCUCAAAAAGUGGAGAUGAUACCCACUCUGCCUGCUAAAAAUGUUUGCAGGUUAUUUGAAACAUGCAAAAUAAAUAAUGUGUUUUCAUUUAA